UGUGGUMCACGCGCUGGAGCUGGGUUAGAGCGGAGCGCGGAGCUGGAAGGAGCUGACAGAAGGAGGAGGAGACGAGCCAGCCCUUUUUUUUCUAGUCUUAUUUAUUCUUUAUUCAUUCGAUGUCAUUUGAUUACAAACAGCUGAGAGGGCAGACAGAAACAACAAACACAGAUCGGUUCUUUUGAUUUGGUUUGAUUUUGAAAGAGUUUGGAGAAAGAGUCCAGUCCCCUAUGAGGAGUCGUUGUUGUGAGUCCGCUCAGCUGCUCCGCUCWGGAGCGAUUUACUUUAAAACAUCUCGUUUUUGCGCUUGGAGUUAAACGUACAUGUUGAGAAGAGCUGACUAGACUUCACCGCCGAAAUGAAAGCUGUGAAGUUUGGUCGCAUGUCAAAAAAGCAGCGUGACAGCCUGUACGCAGAGGUCCAGAAACACCAGAAGUCCCAGGAGCGCGCCCUGGUCAGCGCCCGCGAGGACAAAGUAGACGUGACCGACCACAACUGCGCGUACAGGAGAGGCUCCGGCGUGGCCCUCAGUGACCUGGACGACAUCACCACGCUGCCAGAAGGCCUGCUCUACGAUCUGUCGCUGACCCCGGAGGACACCGGUGGAGAGUACUGUAACCUGGACAUGCUGGGCGGAAGCGCAGGCAGCAGCUCRUCUUCUCAGAGCUCACCAGAGCAGAGCAGCUUGGACUUUGCCGAUGGCAACACCGGCAUCAAACAUGAGUACCAACUAUUGCACGAUUCUGGACUCUUCUCACAUGCGAUCAUCAACCCAGUGCCAGAGGGCUGCUCCCAGCUGGAUAUAGAGCGUAUAAGCCAGAGUGUGGUAAAGGGCCACAUUGAGACGUGUCAGUACAGCACAGAGGAGCUGAAGAGAAUGGCUUGGAGCUUGUACACUGCAGAGGAAACACGCGCCUACCAGACCAAGUCAGCUGAGGUGAUGUGGCAGCAGUGUGCCUUGCACAUCACCAACGCAAUCCAGUACAUCGUGGAGUUCGCAAAGCGCAUCUCUGGCUUCAUGGACCUCUGUCAGAAUGAUCAGAUUAUCCUCCUCAAAGCAGGCUGCAUGGAUGUUCUUCUGAUCAGGAUGUGUCGGGCCUACAACCCCCACAAUAACACGUUGCUCUUCAAUGGAAAGUUUGCCACUCCUCAGCUUUUUAAGGCUCUGGGCUGUGACGACUUUGUGAGUGCAGUGUUUGACUUUGCAAAAACUCUGAGCCGUAUCCAGAUGUCCGAAGAGGAGAUGGCCCUCUUCAGUGCUGCUGUGUUGCUGUCACCAGACCGACAAUGGCUGACAGAUGUCCAAAAGAUCCAGAAGUUGCAGGAGAAAGUUUAUAUGGGUCUGCAGCACUGCCUGCAGAAAGAGGGAGCGUCAGAGGAGAAGCUAACAAAGAUGGUGUCCAAGCUUCCCUUAAUGAGGUCCAUCUGCAACCUUCACAUUGACAAACUGGAGUUUUUCCGUCUGGUUCACCCUGAAACGGCGUACACUUUUCCUCCGUUGUACCGAGAGGUUUUCGGCAGUGAAAUCUCUUUCCCGGACUCCACAGAGGGCUAAUUUAGCCAUCUAGUUCGAUGGCACGACUAAAGUAGUGACACUGAGGUGUAUCUAGAGGAAGAUAACAAGAAGAAAAAAAAUGUGGCAGCCCUUUGAGGUAAAAACCAACCAAUAACCCAAUGACAAUCUUGCACGUUCCACACUCUCCUCCCACCUCUGCGGCCCAAAACCCCCACGUGGAAGUUGCGUUCACUGCCCUGCGAGCCAACCUUUAAACUUCCCACAGCAGGGACUGCUGCUGGGACAUCAUUGCGUUUUACCUCGUUUUUAAAGAAAAGCGUGGUCUGAGUUGUUUACUCUCUCCGAUAUUUUUCUACGAGACUCUCCAGAAACUGCUCAGCAAAUUCAAAUCCUUUCUAAUUGAUGGUUCUCACAGCUCCUGUAAGAGAUUGUUGAAUGUAUUCCCCUCUUCCYGUAACCAUCCAGUGCAGCCCACGGGUUGAAACAGAAUGUAUGGCAGAAAGUCCUCACCUACUUUGGGCGGUUUUGCUGUAACGAUGUCCAUUUUAGGUUUCAGGUCUGCAAACAAUGGACAUUGUUUUUGGUAGAUUGCAGUUUUGGGGCAGGAUCAAACUGUUUUAAGGGACCAUGAGCAAAGAUAAAACCUAAAACACGGCACUUACAUAGUUUAAACAGCACACUCUUAGAUACUGGUGGAAGUGAAGCGUGAGUUUUCUAACUUUUUUGUUUUUAUUGCAGUCUGUGACCUCAGUCCAAAUACCUUUUCCCUUCGCAAAUGCCACUUAGAAAGUGUGAAGACAAUACAAAUCUUUAUAUAUGUAUAUAAACUGUAUAAAAUCAGAGCAGGGUUGAGCUCAGGUCAUCCACGUUACGAGGUUCUGAGAUUUGAAAAGAAUGUAGCAGUAACAACAGAAACGUGUUUAAUUAGCACUUAGAAGUCAGGAUCCAAAACAAACCCUUGUUGAAGGAUUUUUCUUUUUCCCUUUUUUUUUUAUUGAGUUUCAAACUCAAGCGUCUUUGAAAGCUGACUUCCUGUAAAAGAGCCGCGAGGAAGGCGCCUCUUUGCACAAAUGUUUCAUCAGCCUGAAGCUCCUGCGUGAUUUAAAGACACACGUSUGAAAGACUUGUGAAGAAACACAGAUGAUGAAGUGUUCAGGUUGGGAUGAAGGACCUUAGAUCGGAGAAGAAAGGGUGCGUGGUGGUGUUCUUUCAGCUCCCAUGGCUACAUGAGAUUUUAUCCUCGGCUCUUGCUGCUCUGGGCUUUUAUGUGUUCUGAUUGAAGGAGGAUACCCUCGAUACCUGACUUCCUCUCCUUCCCUCCCCCUCCCUUACUACCUCAACCUCUCCAAACACUAGAUGGCAAAAAGCUUGACGGAGUUAUCAGCUACCCCCCUGAAUUUAUACCUUCGAAUUCACACCAGAGGGCCUCUUCAAAAACCACUAGAGCAGGGGUCCGCAACCUGCGGCUCUUUGAAGCUUUGUCCAAAACUUAACAUGAGAUYAAACUUAUUACAUUUUUAUACCCACAACAGAAAAGGGUAGAUUUAGCCGUUUUCUUGCCAGUUUGUUUGCAAAUAUGUAAUGGAUACUACUAAUAUAGGGAUUGAAAUUGAUUGAUUAGAUCUGGGGUUCCCAAACCUUUCCAUGCCAUGGCCCCCCCAAACAGCAUUAGCUUCUGGCCUGGGACCCCAUUUAGAAACCCACAAACAAUGCUACAAAAUAUGUACUGUCAUAAAACUGAAAUAAUAUUUGAAUAUGUUACUAUAAMGUAUGCUUUAAAAUGAUUACUGAAAACCAAAUUUGAUUUUCUGAUAAUGUUUUAAAACAUAUAGUACAAUUCCAUUUUUUUUUCUUUAUUUAAAUAUUUUCUCCAGCGCCCCCUAGUGGCCUUUAUUUUGAAAAACACUGGAUUAGAUCAUUCUAGUAGUUUGGUGGCCACUUCACUUAAGUCGAAUAAACUUUUUCUCAAAUCCAUCAAGAUUUGUUUUUUUUAAAUACCUUUAAGACAAGAAGCUGGAAAGAAAUAUGGUGAGUUAUGGAAAUAACAAUAAGAGCUAGAAAAAUAUUCCUGYAUAGUUCAGGGUUUUAGUUUUAAUUAAAUUGGGUAUUUCUUGUAUAGAUAAAUAUGAUGUUUUCUUUUAUCCUAAAGUGAAAUAAUAACACUAAUAAAUAUUAAAAUUCACUAAAUAUUUUUAGUUUUAUAAGGCCCCCUUGCAACAAACUCAAAGUGGCCCACAGGCCACCAGUUGAUAAUCACAGAUGUAGCAUAUUUUGCGGCUUGGCAGAAACGUCUCUUUUGAUUGUAAAUGUUGCAGACCCCCUGCUCUAGAGGCACCUUUUAUAGCCAGCGACAACUACAGGCAAUAAUUAAGAAAACAACAACAAAGUGAAACACUGGAUCUUCUCUUCUUGUUGUUCAGUCUUUUCAGCGCACUUUAUGCCUUUAGGUCCAGGAAAGGCCUGGAUAUUUUUUUACAGAUCUAUAUCUAAGUCUCUGGAGAUGGCUGAGGGCGUGUCCAGGUGACAUCUUGUUAUUCCAGGGAGGCAGAUGUAUCUGGUUUCUGUAAAACGAUGCGUCGUAUUCUCCCAGUUUACCAGCAAUGAAACAAGGCCAGGUGAAAAAAAAAACAACAACUGUUACUUUUAUCCUAAGCAUUUUGAGACAAUCACACGACAGAUCCUGGAUGUCAGUCUAAGUAAAUGUUUUCAGCCGGGUUUGCUUUAAUGAAGGGACUCUUACCCUGGACGUGGUACUUAAAGAUAAUGGCAUUGUGGGAUUGUGCAAUAAUGUCUUUCCCAUUGUUUUCAGUAUGUUGGGCCUUAGCUGCAAUGUUCAUGUUUCCAGUAGCACUCCAGCGUUAAUCCCAACACAAGAUAAAACACAAGAUACAAGAUAAAAACACAAGAUAAAAAAUACUUAAUUAUAAGGUUUGCAGAUCAGAUGACAAAAUAAUAAAGUUUAUUUGUUUAUUUUUUGUUUGUUUUGGGGGGUUUAAGCCUGUGAAUGUGCUAAUUUCCCAAGAUUUCUGUAAAUCCUGACUAUUUUUUUUAGAUGUAAUCCGUUGUGCAGGAUUAUAAUCUGCAUUUAGAGUCACUCAGGGAGAUAGCUGGGCGCUCUGCAGUCAGUCGAGCUCCACCAACAUGAAGACCUUUAAACCUUGAUCACUGUGUACAGUAUGUUGUCCUGAAUGUCUGAUUACGGAAGUAUCAAAGCUUUUACCCUGUUUGAUGUUACUAUUGCUUUUUUUUGUUUAAGUCAUAGAUUUAAUAUGAUUAAAAAAUAGAAAAGAUAAAAUCUAAUCUCUAAAUUAUAUGUUGGUUUUGUUGUGAUCUUUUGUUGCUUUAUUUUUAUCCUGUUCUCCUGUUAUACUGUCCUUCCCCACCCCUCCUCUCGUCAGUUUAGUGUCCUUUUUGUCUCAGAGAGAUGUAAUUCUAUUUUUUUAAAGAGCAUUUUUAAAAGAUAACUCCCCAGAUCUUUGUCUUUCGUCAUGAUCCUUCUGUGUAUGAUCUUUUCACGUUAUUUUAAUACGAUGUUGUUGAAUCCAGAUAGAGUUUAAUAUGAAAUAAUUUAUGUUUUGCUUGUAAAGCCCGAGAGGUUUUAACACAGUGAAGUGUUAUUGCACAAUGGUGAUACUGUAUGUGGAUUAAAGAAUGUAAUACAUUUAAAAAAAAAGUCUUUUUACAAGUAAAAUUAAAAACAAUUGUGGCUUUA